AUGAUUGAAAGCUUUGGAGUGAGUAGCGAUGGUAUUGGCAAGUGGACCGGAAUUUGCGCCGCCAGCUUUUCCUUCUGCCAGUUCCUUACCGCAAUCACGUGGGGCCGGGCUUCAGAUCGAUUUGGUAGGAAGCGCACGAUUCUCGCAGGGCUCCUUUGCACCAUGAUCACCAGCUUGAUGUUCGGCUUUUCGACAACCUUGAGCUUAGCCCUUAUCAGCAGGGCUCUCGCUGGUCUUGGUGGAGGUAAUGGAGGAAUCAUUCGCACUGCAACGGCCGAGCUGGUACCUCAGAAGGACUUACAGCCCAGAGCUUUUAGUAUCAUGCCGCUUGUUUGGACCAUUGGUAGUAUGGUUGGGCCUGCUAUGGGUGGGAUGAUAGCCGAUCCUGCUCACAAAUAUCCCCUAUCCUUUGGAUCAUCUUCGUUCUUUUUACGAUUUCCUUAUUCAGCUCCCAAUUUGGCUACCUGCUGCCUCUUUGUACCUACCAUUGCAGUUGGCUUUUUGUUUUUAAGAGAGACCCUUCAUACUUCACAAAACGAGAACGACGUUGGAUUGCAUCUCGGUCGGGCGCUUCUAAGGCCUUGUUCUCGACAAAUAAAUCUUGGUCAACAUCAGCCUUCCGAGUCGGUGUCUGGCUUCAAUCAACAAGGGGCACAUCAAGCAGUUUAUGAAAGGCCAACUGAGCAUGGCCGAGCACGCAACAGCCUUCAAAAGUCCGAGCCUCCUAGUCAACUUCAACAAUUUACUUGGAAAUCGGUCUUCACCUCGCAGUCGCAGAUUAAUCUCUUACAAUACGGUCUCCUUGCGAUGCACUCCGUAGCAUAUGAUCAGCUACUCCCAGUGCUCAUGCAUCAUCCACGCUCAUCCACUGCCCCUAUGAGCCAUGGAAGGCAAAAUUGGUUUCUCUUUACUGAUGGCUUUGCAAUGAGCUCCAGCAGAAUUGGAUUGUUGUUGAUGGUCAAUGGAAUGGUGGGAAUGGUAUUGCAAUUUGUCGUGUUUCCCCCCACCGUCAAGAAACUUGGUGUACUCCCCUGCCUUAGAGUUGGCGCUAUUGCCUUUGUCUUUCUGUAUGCUUUAGUUCCAUUCGCGGCUCUUAUCCCUUCGGCCACUGCACGAGAAGCUGCUCUCUUAGCCAUCAUGAUCUUUAAGACUUUGCUCACAGUCUUCGCCUGGCCAUGCAGCACAAUCCUCUUGACAAACUCUGCAACUAGCCCAGGAAUUCUAGGAACUUUAAAUGGUGUUGCGACCAGCACCGCUGCAAUCGGACGCACAGUAGGACCAGCAAUGGGUGGCGCUAUGUUUACAAUCGGGUUGAGCAAAGGCUCUAUUGUCUUACCAUGGUUAGCAAUCGCUAUGAUGGCUGUGCUUGGUGUGAUACCGCUUUUCUGGCUGAGACCCAUUCGCCCAUCUGCAAGAAAAAGUGAAGAAGUUGCAAACCGACAUGAUAAUGAGGACAUAAGAGUUGAAGAUGAAGAGACCGAGCCGCUUCUGACUUCUUCAAAGCCUGGCACGGAUGGACGCCAUCUAUGA